CCGGUCCACACAUGAUGAAGCCACACAUGUCCGCCGUGGUGCUCAGAUCCCGGAGGGUGGCGGCCAUCCUGCUGGCCGUGGUCCUGACGGCGGUGCUGGCCACGGCGGCGAGCGGCGACCAGGCGCGCGGAGCAAAGUGCCCCAACUGCCUCUGCUGCGGUAAAUACGGCUUCUGCGGCAGCACGCCCGACUACUGCGACGUCGGCUGCCAGAGCCAGUGCCGCGACGGCGUCAUGGAGCAGGCAUUGCCGACCGAAUCGGAUCCUGCUACAAGAGCCACGGCGACGUCCUCGGCGUCGGCUAAGGGAGUACCGGCCUCGACUCCUACACCUAGCUAGCUAGAGGAUGUAUCGACCUUGAACAACGGGCUCUAAUCGAUCAUGGUUGGGCUCGCGUCGCAGUGAAACUGGCCGGUCACUAGCUACAUGUAGUACGUAUGAGUCCAUAAAUAAAUAAUCUCA